GGAACCCCAAAGGAUGUUGUGCACAUGCGCGUUGUGCAAUCUACCGGAGCGCGAGAGGUAGGGAAGGGAGUCCUAAUGGCGGAGACUGUACGGUCGCCUUUUGACUACCGGGAACCACCGACCCUCGACAGCGACGGGGAUGGGAGCAAACCGCCGCCGCCACGGGGCCGGGUGUGUGGGAGGAAGAGGAAAGGAACACCUGUGAAGGUGUGUGACCGAGCGUAUGUAACAGAAGAUGAGGAGGAGGAGAGCAUGUCAGAACACAGCUACAGUCCCGGUGAUAGCCAGUAUCCAGAGGGUGCUGAAGAUCGCCUCCCUCCACCUGGCAGUCCCUACUACCUGCCGGAUCCCACUCAACUCUGCGUGCCAGAGUUGGGGGAGGAGGGAGCGAGCGGAGUGAGGGGACCCGUGCUCUUCCAUCCGCCGCCGAACUGUCGGAUUCGAGAAGUCCACUGCGGGACCCAGGUGCGGCUGGUUGUCAUAGCAAUUCGAGACAUCGCAAAAGGGGAGGAGAUUACAGUGGACUACAGCCUCACGGACUGGGGAGAGAAUGCAAUGGAAGAAGAGGCUGGCCCCCACCCGCUGUCCCUCUCUGUGUCUGAUUACCUCACCCCUUCAUGGUCAUUGUCACCCUCAUCCUCCCCUCUCACCCACUCUGAGCCCAGCGACUCCGACCGAGAGGAGGACGAAGAGGAGGAAGAUGAUGAUGAUGACGAUGAUGACGAAGAGGAAGAGAUGGAGGAGAUAAGGGGUCGUAUGCUUCGUCGUCGCAAGAAGCGCAAGUUGCCCGCGGUGGUCAGCCCAAAGAAGAAGAGCACGCCAACUUCCUCCAGAGGGCCUGGGCGUCCCUGCUCUUCCUUCUCCCGGCCGGCACCUGCCGCGCCCCCGGCCAGAUCCCAGUCCCAGCCCCCCGUCAGCAGCCUGGCACCCCCUACGACUAAUAUCAACAACAACAUCAACAUAAACAUUGGUAGCUCCAGCGGCGCUACAGUGAGCCGACGGCAGCACUGCCCAUACUGUGGACGCCAUUACCGCUCACUAGCACGCCACUUGGAGAAGCACCACGCCAACCAGCCUGAGGUGCGAACAGCCAUGGAGCUUGCACACCUGCACAGCUCCCAAAAUGGAAACACCACACACCCCCACCCAUCAUCGUCGACGUCCUCCACCUCAGCUCCUCACAGUCAUUCCUUUGCAGUCCCACAGACCUCUGCCUCCAACCCCACUCCUCCCUCGCUCUUCUCCCGAGAGAGGGAAUCACCGGCCACGCGUUCAACCACAGGUGGUGGCGGUGGCGGUGGCGGUGGCAGUGGCGGUGGUGGCGUCUCUUUCUCCCUCUCGCUUUCGCCGCCAUCUUCAACCCAGCAAGCAGCCUCCAAGAAGGCACCCAGCUUAACAGCACCACCAGCGAAACGCCCCGCACCGACCCCGAUGGUGUCACGGGUAAAAAGCCCCUCACCACCUCCCACACCGGCACCCAGGAGGGGUCGCAGGAUGAAGAAGGAGAAGCAGGAGGAGCAGCAGCAGCAGCAGCAAAAGGUGGAGGUGGAGAGCACAAGGAGUCAAGAGGAGCUGGCUCCACCUCCUACUCCAGAGCCGGAUGUAGAUCCAGAGGAAGAUCUGGAGCUGAGUGGAGAGGGUGAAGAAGAUGCAGCAGAAGAGAAAAAUGGAGAGAUUGUAAGGCAUCACAUGUCACCCCUGCUCUCCUCCCUUUCCUGUUUGGUCCUCUACCUCCGCCGCCAGCAGCACUCCUCUUUCCUGUCUCUAACCCGCACCCCUCACUCCGCUGAGGCCUGGCGCCUGCUCUGCCAUUCCAGCCUCUCCCUCCUCAUCCUCUACAACCGCCACCGAGAAUGUGAAGUAGCCAAGCUGACCAUCCAGGACUACCGCAACCGCAUCGUCCCUCAGCCCGCCCCCAACAACACCUCCCCUUCUGGCACGGAAGCCGUCCUCUCCCCCUUCGAGCGCCAGGUCCUUGGCCACCUCCCGCGGGCCGCAGUUUUGGGCAAACGCGGUCGCAUCCAGCCGCUAAUUCUCCCGCCACACUGUGAGUCCUGCCUCGACCUCCUUCUUCAAACCAGUCCUAAUGUGGGCGUGGAUCCAGAGAGCCCUUACGUCUUUUCCCGGCCCUACCACUCUCCUGCCACACCGCUUCGAGGAACGGACCUUCUGAGAAACCUGUCGCGUAGCAGCGGUGCCAAGAACCCAGGACUACUGACGGGAACACGUGUGCGACGGCAGGUAGCCAUACUCACUCAGCUGCUUCUAUUAGAGGAGGGCGAGGGCCAGGUGGGAGCGACAAAACGGCUGGAGGAAUUUCUGGAAAGAGAGUACCAUGUUACCCAGAACUGCUCCUCUAUAGUAAGGGAUCCAGCACUGAUGGGCCGCGUGGGUCGCGUCGUUCUUUACGGAGAGAAAGAGGGCGUGCUUUUCAGAGGGAUGAGCCUGCAGCACAUCUGCCUGGAGUUGGAUGUUAUGUCCGGAAACUCAGCAGAAUCCUUCUCAGAAGAAUCCGAGGCAGAGGAGGAGAAGGAGGGAAUCAAAGAGAAAGCUGAAGUAACUGUGAAGAAGAAAGGACCAGGACGACCGCCGAGGAAGAAGAGGGCACCUGUUCCUCCCCCGGUCAGCCCAGUGAUCGCCAACGCUCAUAAGAGGAGAUGUAUUCCACCAAAAUCAGGAAAGCGUGGUGUGCUGAAGCGCCCCUGGUCAGAGGCUGAGCGUGUAGCAGUGGAGACUCACCUAAAGAGGAACCUCAUGGAGCUGCGGGUUCCCGCGAAGGCGGACUGCGAGCGCUGCCUUGAACUCUGCCCCAUGCUGGUGAGCAACCAGCGAGACUGGAGGGCGAUCAAGUUUUACGUCCACAACCGCAUCCAGCUGCUGAAGAAGCAGGGGCGGAGGGAGAGUGCUGCCGGGAACUGCUAGGGCAUAAAAAGAAGACGUAGCACCGGACACAAACCAUAAUGUAUAGACCACCAGCAAUCAUAAGGAAGAGAAAAGGUCUUUGUCACGGUGGAGUGGAGCUCCUCUUGUCCCUUAAAAAUAAGCUAAGAAGUUGCUCCAGUUAAAGAUCAUUCAUUCUCAGUGUUGAUGCCCAGUGUCUGUUUACGGAUGUAUCUUUAAGGGGUUGGACAACAUGUAUUUAAGUGUGAAUAUGAGUUCAUACACAGUGAAUGCUUUUUUUUUAGAUUACUUUAUAUUGGAGUUGUUGAUACAAUACCAGUGAUGGUUAUGGCCUCCGACACAGCCAGAAAUGCGUUAUCGGAUGACGUCAAGUACACUCGUCAUAGCACAGAUGUGAUACCAUAAUUUAUUACCCUUUAAAAAGUCAGUUUUUUACAGUCAAGUUAUCAGGACAGUCUUGUGCAAACGUAGUAUAAAGUGCUAGUCCAAGCUAUCCUAAUGUAAAUGGAUUUUUCCCCAACAGUAUGGGUGUUUUAAACCACACAGGUAUCUGAGAGGCACUUAAUAUCAGAAAGAAAAAAAAGGUAUCAGAGCAUCUUUUUUAUGUCAUCUUAUCAGAAAGUUGGCUGGAGAACAAUUUUGAUUUUAAAGGUGACAUAUGCAAAAUCGACUUUUUAACGGUUCUCUACCUGAUUUAUGUGUCCCUGGCAUGUCUACAAACCCCCCGAAAAUGAAAAAAAAAAACAUUCUGCCCCUGUUCUGAUUUCUCCACCUUUCUGUAAAUGUGUGCUGAAACGAGCCGUUUCAGUUUUCGGUGUUUUUCAUACGUCACAACGCCAUCCGGAAGUCAGAGCUCGGAGCUUGUUCAGCCCAUAGACUGUAUAAAAUACAACUCAACUCCUUCCCCGUUAUUCAUUACCUGCACACGUGUGCCAACAAGGAGCUUAGGAGGGAGGCAUGCUAGUUGUAGGCUGUCUUAAUAAACACAAAGGUCAGUUUUACUCCCCACGUCUGCAGAUUUGAAGAUCUAGUGGAUGAUUUUUAUUUUUCAUGGAAAAGUGCUAGCGCCAGUUAGCAUAGCCACAUAGCUACAGGUUCAUAGCUGUGCACCAAGACACACGUCGACAUACUGACAACUAAAACAACAAGCCGUGUAUAUUCAGCCAACAUGUAAACAUUAGAUCAACGUGCUGGAGAGCCAAGGCCACAUCCACUUCCGGAGGGGGCGUGGUCAGAGAGCACAUUCUUAUUUAAAGGCAGGGCUGAAAGAGAGGGGUUUACAGGCAGACCAAAAUCUGAUUUCAAAGUGUUUUUUUUUAGCAUAAACUUCAAAGACAUGUUUAGGGGACCUCUUAGACCAAUAUAUUUUGAUGAAAAGAGCAUAAUAUGUCACCUUUAAAAAAAGUUGCUGGAGUGAAACAGAUGUAGGGGGUUGCAGUACACGCAUCAAACCACCGGGACACACUACAGCAAAUUGUCCUUGGUUUCCAUUGCGCGUGCUCCCCCUGAAAGCUAAUGACCAAACAUGAAUGUGUAAAGCUUUGACGGAAGAAAAAAAAACAGUUGUGAUCUCUCAAACUCGCAGGUAGACUUCAAGUCUACACGAUUGAGACAUGUAUGAACUUGUAUAGUUUGUGUUUGAUUUAGUCUGGCAUUGUGCCCUUCCCAACUGAUGAGUGUAUUGAGAAGUAUCCCUAAAAGUCUUGGACCAUGAUGCACCUGUGAAUCCGUUUUUUCAUACCCCUCAUACCAUGAUCAUCGUCAGACUAUUAUGUAUCAAGGCACGUCUACUUGAAUCUAUUGUGUAUCAGAAUUUUAAAAAAAUUUAUUACAUAUGGUCUUAUUCACAAUGUAAAUAGUUCCUAAUCUAUGAAAAGUAUACAGUAGUGAUGACAGUUAGUAUUGUGUUAUUGUGUAUAUACUGUAAAUACUACCUGUACUUAUUAAAGUGUAUGACAUUUU